GUUUUCAUGGCAAUGUGACCGGCGACCCUCGUCAAACUUCUAAUAGGAGCUAUGCAUAUCUGUUCCUUCACCAUUAACCUUGACCGCGCAUGUCUGUCGAGCCACCGCACUACUAAGUCCGUUGAUCAGCGCGUUACAAUUUCCCAGUUAUCUCCGCCAUCCGGCCAUCCGUCCAUAUUGGCCGCUAAUAGUACAGUCGGGAGCAAUAGUAAGCCCUGAAUAUCUAUCGCGCAAUUGGUAGCCCCCUACUAGCCGCGCGCCCAGCAGUAUGUUGGCUGCGGCGGUCGUCGGUCGGGCCCAGCCUCAUCCCCGCAUGGCAUGCUAGGCCCCGGUGGCGCCGGAGUCCCUGCAAGUUUGUUCCUGCGGUAGCGGUCGGGUCUGCGCAGCAACAGGGGACACGCCCGGCCGCCCGGGAUUGCACCGAUGCACCGUGCUACCCUGCGCAGCACUUGAGAGAUAUUUGCAGCAUGGCGCGUCCCUGCCUCCUCCACCCGACAGCCCAUCCCAGCUACCGUUCUGGCGCCACUCUUAUUUCCAGUGGGAGCCAGUGGAAGCCUCUGCCGCUUUUUGCGGUGACGGAGGCUAACGUUACAUUACCCACUCUGCCAGCCCUGCUCACGCUGUGCUGGCGCCCCAUGAAACGCUGGCUGCAACAACAGCUUCAGGCCAACGCUCCCCAGGCCCUUGCAAUGGGCGCAAGUCCAAACCAGGGGCACCCCUGGUCCACGUCAUUCAAAUGCGCAGACAACGCUGAUUCUUGGAGGAAGGGAGAUGGAGGGCAGCAGCUGGGCAUGGCACCCCUCUAAGACUUGGAGCGAUACGGUCGAGAUACAGUAUACACUUGUAAACGAGUCCAUGGUGUGCACGCACCCGCUGCUUCGGGGAGGGGCUAUACCCCUCGCAUAAGCACGAGGCGAGUCGACGCUAAGUGCAGGUUUGCCCGUGUUUGCCUGAAUUCCCACUAGCAACCACUACGCACUAGCCGACUAGCUCUCGUCCAAUGGGUAGCAGCCUGCUUGGAAGCAGGCAAGCAGCCCGUGCAGGCCCGUGGACCUAUUGACCCUGGCUGGGCAGUCGGGGUCACCGGGGUUCGAGGGUUUUGAUCUGUGUGCAGCAGGAAACGGCACUACGGUUGGUGAUUUAGAUUAUUUGUACGAGUAUGAAUAGCUGUGCAUGCUGUGCCCUUGCGCAUCUGUAAAUGGUGGCGAGC